GUAGCAGCAGUCUCAGUGAAAUAGAAAAAAUCAACACCAUGACGGACGUCGCCCAUGAACUCGGAGCUCUGCGGUUGAUAGUGGAUUCGCCUCUAUCGUCCAAAGUUGCCCUAUUCAAUGAAAAUGCCAAAAAUCACAUCGCAUCGCAGUUCGCCAAUCCCUUCUCCGAAUCGCAAGGCGUCCGCGGCAUGCAGAGACUGAAGAUCAGCAAGGAGGAGUACGGCAGACCGAAAGCCGGCAGCCUCACCGAGUACCGGGGGAAAAAGGCCAACAUCCAGGUGUACCAGGAGAUGUUGGAACUUUGCACCGUCAUCAGCGACGAGGGUCAGCCCAUGUCGAAGCAGGAGCCGAAGCUGAAGGUCAUCCUGUUCGGUGAUCUGUUCAAUAUCUACACCCACAUCAACGACAAGCUGGUCGGACUGUUGCUGCGGGCCCGCAAGCACGAGCUGAUCCAGUUCGAGGGUGAAGUGUUGUUCCAGCGUCGCGACGAUCACGUACCGGUGUUUCUGCUGAAACCGAUCGAGGAGAUCCGAGGCAUCCUGGUCAGCAAGCAGACCGAGAUCCGUCGGAGUCUUAGCCCGAACCCACAACCGACCGGGUUGCUGUAAAGUUACAGGGUGGAAAAAACGGAAAGUACGGAAACAUGGGAGUGAAUCUCCGGAGGUGGCUCGGUUAGUGGCCGGAAACCGACACGACGACCAUCGAGAUUGGAUGAGUUUAAACGUUUGCUGUGAUUGAAUGGUUCAAUUGUUCGGGAACUGAGUUGAAUGAUUGCGAUAGACUGUUUGAGAAACGUGAUUGAGAAGC